AUGGCCAUGGCUGAAUUGCAAGCGGCUCCUCACUUUAGCCUCAGGGCAGCCGCCCGAUCUCUCCGCUGGCAAACUGUGCUGCGAACACUGAGUCAGAUCCGCUUGCUUGGCAAGCUUGAUGCAGUCACAUGCAGCGUGGCGGUGAGCUGCUGUGCACGGGCCGAAGAGUGGACGAAAGCUUUGCAAACUCUUCAUUCAUCCACUAGCAUUGGAAAGCUUCGGCCCGACACGGUGCUUUUCAAUUCUGUCCUUCCUGGUUUCAGAGGUACAGGUCACUGGAGACAUGCCUUCGAGAUGCAGCGGUCCAUGCAGACUCUGCGUCUGCGGCAUGAUGCAGCAACAUGCAACGGCAACCUAGCUGGGUGCCGGAAGGAGCAGGCUUGGAGACAGGCAGCUAGUCUGUUGGCAUGCUCUCUCAUGAUAGGAAUAUUGUGCCAGGUCUCGAUUGAAGGCUCUGACCAUCCUUGA